GCUGGGCCAGCGGCCACCACUCUAAUCCUGCUGCUGUCAUACUGCUGCUGCCACCUGUGUCACUCCCUGGGAAUCCCCAAACUGUCCUCCUAUGCCAAGACAGAGGACAAACUGUUCAAGAACCUCUUCAGAAACUACCAGAAAUGGGUAAGGCCUGUAGAAUACCUCAACGGCACAGUACGGGUCAGAUUUGGACUGGCCAUCUCCCAGCUAGUGGACGUGGUGAGAAAAAUAUGAUUAUUAUGGUAUAUUGUGAUUUGUGUUUUCCUGAUGAUUAUUUUG